AUGGGGGGCAAAGUGGAGUGUCUGUCCCAGCUGGACACCCCAGCCAUGGGCAGAGUCCCGAUGCCACAGCAGGACACCGGGGAAAGGAAGCUCCCGCCUCAGGGCCCCCCCUGGAGAGCAGGGGGUCCUGCCACGCUGAGGGUCCUGAUCCUCGCCCUGCUCUGGAGGGGGUCCCUGUCCCAGCCGCCCGGAUUUACCCUGACGGUGCCGCAGUCGGUGUCGGUGCAGGAGGGUCUCUGCGUUCUCGUCCCCUGCACCUUCAUGUACCCAGCCUCGUACGACACCGACAAUCCCUCGGCCCGGCUCUACGGACGGUGGUACAAGGAGCCUGCUACUGGGGGGCAGGAUCCUCCCGUGGCCAGCAGUGGCACCAGCCUGGGGGUGUCGCAGGAGACCCAGGGCCGGUUCCGGCUGACGGGGGAUCCAGCGCGCGGCGACUGCUCCCUGCAAAUCAGUGAUGCCCGACGGACGGAUGCGGGGAGAUAUUUCCUUUACAUUGAGAAAGGCCUGUUAGAUCACACUUACCGCUCCAAUUCCGAUGGCUCUGACUCUGCGCUCACGAUCUCCGUGCCAGGGCUGACAGAGGAGCCAGACAUCCAGAUCUUGCCGGCGUGGGGGCUGCCAGGGACGCUGCUGGCCGGGAAGCCGGUGACUGUGACCUGCACGGCCCCUGGGCGCUGCUCCGGGCCCCCUCCCCGAGUCACCUGGACGGGGCCGUUCAGCGACACAGCCCAGAAUGUCUCAGCCCAGCUGGCGAAUGGCACCUGGGCCCACAGCUCCGCGCUCAGCUUCACGCCCGGCCUGGGGGACCACGGCAAAGAGCUCGUCUGCACCGUCACCUACAGGCCACCACGGGGACCUUCCACCCACAGAACCGUCCGGCUCCAUGUCGGCUAUCCGCCCUGGCCCCCCAACAUCACCGGGACCCAGACCAGGAACGGACGCCCCAGUGAGAGGCCGCGCUACAGCCCCCGGCUGGGGACCGGGCUGAACUCGUCCUGCCAGCGCCAGGGGCCCAGCAUAAGCUGCAGUUGCUCCCUGCGCUCCCACCCCCCACCCCAGCUCCAGUGGCAAGUGGAUGGGGAGCCCCUGGCUGGGAAUGGCUCACAAGGGGGCCUGCAGGUCAGCUCCUGGGUCCAGGGGGACGAGUCCGUCAGCACUCUGAGCUGGACGGAGAGCGCUGAUGGAGGCCAUCAGAUCUUUUGCCUCGGUUCCAACCUCCACGGGUUCUAUAUUUUACCGCUGAGCCCACUGGAAACAGGUGGCCUCACUCGGGCAUUGAUCGAAAUCAGCUGCAAACUCGUCUUCGUGGUGACUGGAUUUUUCCUGGCCUAUUACCUCACCCUGCUCUAUUACAGACGGACACUCUGCUGCUCUCAUGAAAGCAGAAGGAAGGACCGGCCAGGGGACAGGGAAUCCACGGUGCCUGAGUUCGGCGUGUAGAUCGGGCCAUUCCUCAGUCACCGAAGAGCCGACAGGGAAUUAGAAACUCAAGGGACUGAGGAAUCAGAGAAUGAGACCUCAGCUGGGGGCACUGCCAUCCCGGGUGAGGCCAAUGGGCCCUGUUGCCUCCCACAGUGUUUAAUUUGUAUUGAAAGAGAUGCCAGAGCUCAGCUGUGGCUCAAAUUAAGCCCUGGCAGGGUGGCCUGAUACUGGCGAGGGCUGGCCGGGCACCCAGCUCUGAAGGCAGUGCCACCGCCAGCAGCAGCGCAGAAGUCAGGGGGGCCUGGCACAUGGGGUGUUGCCACCCUCCUGCGCUGCUGCUGUGGCUUGUGGUGCCUGGUGCUCGGCAUGUGGCUCAAGGCUUCGCGCUGUCACACGUGGGCUGCAUCUCGCCAGAGACCACGGCCUCCCGCAGCCCCCUGGCCACUCCUGGCUCACCUGGGGGGGCACCAGUUCAGACUUGGGGCAGGGGGAGGAAACUUUAACCAUGAUUCAAGGGACUACUCAGGGCUUUCAGGGCUUUGCAGAUAAUAACUUAGCGAUUCGCUGACAGGAGCACUGCAUCUAGUUGUUAUAUAAAGAAAGAAAAUAUAUAUACAAACGCCCAUUAAAGCCACGUUUAAAUCUUAUAUCUAAAUUUAGAACAAU